UUUGCCUUUGGAGGUAAAAGUUUGGAUUGGAAAAAUUUUUUUGGUGUAAAAUUGCUGCUGGUGUUGUCAUAUAAUUAUCGUAAGCGUGUUUAGUCAAAAAACAUAUAACGACCUUUGUUUCUUACUUGACGUGAUGAUUGUUUCAAGUUCUCUGAUAUCGGUGCUUGUCUUCUGUUUUCAAGUUGCCGGUUAUUCAAGAAAGGUCCAGGCUAAGAGAAGGUCACCAUACACACAAGAAGAAGCACACUGGUUAGCAGAUGAAGGGUCAGGUUGCCCUCUUGAUGACCCAGACUGCUUCGAUAGGCAAAUGUCAUCUGGAGAUAACCGUUUAGACUACCCGCCAGUGGCGGUAGUAGAGAGGGACAUGAGCAUAGAUUGGCUGCAGCUUAAGCCUGUGAUUUUGUAUGGAAAUGCAAGUACUGAUGACCAUGGAAUAGUCAGCUAUCUGUGGGCUAAACUUCAAGGUGGAGCUGUAACAAUGCAGGGGAUUCAUACGCCGUUUCUUCACAUAUCGGAUUUAGAGAGAGAUGCUUACAUCUUUAGCUUGACAGUGACAGACACCAAUGACCAGCAGUCUUCUGAUGUUGCCCGAGUGUUUGUGAGAGGUGGUAAGUUCUUACACCAAAGCAGGUUAUUGAUAGCCAAGCGUUAAAAAAUAGAUUUAUCGCAGUCAGAGAUCAGCAAAGUAGCACAGUAGUUGUAGUUGGUGCCUAUCUGUAAAUAGAGUUGCUAGCUCACUUGUGGUUUUUGUGGCUCUUCGGCGAAUCAGCUUUUUCACGUGUUUUGCCGACAAGUAUUUAAACAAUGUAAAAAAAUACUAGUGUGGGUAGCGUUGCUGUACGUGUUUUCUGCCGGGUAAAUUGAACCUUUGCACCAAGUGUUUUCGUUUGGAAGAGCCGCAGUAUGUGUGCUUGAAGUAAUAGUGCUUGAAACUUUGACCACACUUUGUGAACAACCUCGUUGCAGAGGAACUCUGCAUUUGUUCUGCAUUCACCUAAAAACAUUUUCCCACACAUGAUAAACUUUGAUAACACAGCACAUCACUGUGUCAUAUUAAACUGGAUUGUUUUUGAUAGUUGUAUGGUGGUAAGUUUGAAGAGAACUUUCAGCUCUGUGAUGAGAUCUUUACAGAUGCCUGAUUGAAAUGGACACACGUUAUGCAUGUUGAAAAAUUAUGUGGACAUAAAUUAAUGGGGUUUGCUUCACAUCCGAUUUGAACUGAGAGA